CAAAAAGAGUCCGUAAAACCUUCGCAAACUACUUAUGAUAACUUACUCGAUAAUUUGAAUGCUGAGGAAGUUGAAAGACAAAAGAAAAAGCAGGAAAGAGAAGCAGCCCGCAAAAAAUUAGAAGCAGCGGAAUUGGCUC